AUGUCCAAGACAGAAGUCAUGUCCAAGACAGAAACCGUGGCGCUGGUCACUGCUCCAACCGCAGCAGCAACGGGACAAGAGUCCCGCCUCGCGCAGCAAUUCGGUGGUCACUACACCAGCGGCUGGAUGAAUAGACUUCCCGCAGCUUGGACACCAUAUAUCCAGCUCGCUCGACUACACCGGCCGCACGGCCUCAUCGUCGUUACGCUCGCUCACCUCUUCGGCAUUUUCCAUGCAGCCUUCCAGUUGCAGUCCUCGCUGCUAGAAACUUUGCGCGUUUCCGCCAUCAUCAUUGCUGGUAGCAUAUUCUGCAACAGUGGCGCACAUGCGUGGAACGACUUGGUCGACGCACCAAUUGAUGCCCAGGUUGAACGCACCAAGACUCGGCCCAUCCCGCGCGGAGCCGUCACCAGGACAGAUGCAUUUGUCUUUGCCGCCGCGCAGGCCGUCCUUGCCGCCGCGUGCUUGUUCCCACUGCCACCUAGCACCAUCGUUACAUGCGUGCCUAGUAUCGCGGCAAUUCUAUACUAUCCGUUUGCGAAGCGACAGAUGUUUGCGCCGCAGCUGGUUUUAGGAAUCUCUAUCGGUUUGUGCGUGCUUGUCGGCAGUGCGGCAAUGGGGAUUGAGAAGCCGUGGUAUGAUGCAUCAACUCUGUGUCUGGCUACCGCCACGAUGCUCUGGACCAUUCUGUUUGAUACCAUCUAUGCGCAUAUGGAUUUGGUUGAUGAUGUCAAGCUCGGCGUCAAUAGCUUCGCUGUCUUUAUCCAGGGUUAUGCAAGGCCUGUUCUGUCACUGCUCGCAGUAGGUCAAAUAACGCUGCUCUUCGCUGCGGGCGUGUAUGCCGCUAUGGGGAUAGCGUUUUACGUGACGGCCGUGGCGGGUUGCUUUGUAUGUGUUGGUGGUAUUGUUACGCUACUUGAUUUGGAAAACCGAGCGAGCUGCGGUAAAUGGUGUAUCUUUGGAUUCCGCUUUACAGGCAUUGCUAUUCUCACAGGACUACUGGUUAAUUAUUUAGUCUAG